AUGAUUUAUUCAAGCGCUUCACGUAUUCUUUGUUUACAAAAUGAAAUAAAUGGUACGCGUUGUCCGCAUACAAGUCGAGUUUUUAUUGAAAUUUCAACAUCGAAUAUAGAUUUGAUUAAUUAUUCAUUUCAAUUGGAAAAUAUCACUCAAUUUUUACUUGAAACGGGUGUUAGUCGACAAUUUUUUGUUUUACCUUCUAUAUCAAUUUGUUAUAAAUUUACUUUUCCACCUGAUAUUGAAAAUGUUUUUAUUGAGGUUCAAUCAAAUGAUCAAUUAUGUACUAUUGUAUAUGUACAAUCCUUUAAUUGUCCCGUUUAUGAUGUGAGUGAAAUUGGAGUACAACAAGGACAUUAUCAAACAAUGCCAUCUAUUGCUUCAUUUAAUGUUUAUUUUUUUCUUGUUAAACCAACUGAUGCAGAGUAUUUGAAUGAUCAAGAACAAAUAAUUAUUCAACUGACAGGUAUUGUUGAUGUUCAACGACGUAAAAAUGCAACAGUUAUAUUUUAUCUUCCAGAAAAUUAUAAUUUUCUUUAUAUUAUAAUAUUUGCCACAAUUGAUUUAUUUCUGUUAAUUUAUUUUGUUGCUUUUCGUAUUAUGUGUAAACAUCCAGAUAUUUAUGAUCAUUUAGCUCUGGAACAUUUAUUAUUAUUGGAAGCAAGAACUGAACGAGAAAUUGCAGAACGAGGUAAUAAUGAACAACGUUACCAGACAUCUGAGAGAGAAGAAAAUGUGAAAUCUACUAGUGAAGAUGAAUAUGAACGUUCAAGUAGUACUAUUGAAGUUAUUGAAACAUUAAAUGUAAGUUACACAAAAUGA